UGUCCCUGUUCGCUUUCCGUACUUGUGACAGCGACAUGUCUUCCUUGUGUUUACUUUUUUCUGCAGAUUUAGAAAGUGAUUUAAUAUGUAGUGAUAUGAAAUAAGCCCACUACGUUAAUGACUAGAGACACAAUGGGUAAUGCGCAGAGUUACGUGGUGUCCUCGCUCUCUGUGUGUUGUGUGUAUUUGGUUUACGUUCACAUUUACAGCUCUUACAAGUUGUUAAAUACUCAUGUUCUCUUCGAGGAGAGGCUUCCGAGUUCUCUGUUUCUGUACAUCAAAUAUCUGACCAAAGCUGUGGCUCGGAGGAAGGGUUACCUGCACACAGAAACUACAAGCCAGCCGGAGGUCGUUUACACUGUGCUCAACUGCAGGCUGCUGACCCCCCAGUUGAGGAGUUUCUGCGGCGCUGCAGGCUAUGGUUGGGAUUAUCCGGACUCGGACUACCGGGAUGUCCUCUGUGUUUCCCAGAAUACCUCUGCCGCAGACUGCUGCUGAUGCUGAUCACCGACCAACAUUUCAGAAUCUGUCCAGCAGGUCUGGUUUGUGUGCGUCAGAGUGUGAAGACCAUGCAGCCGGUGGAUGAACUGAAGAAGGGUCCCUUCACUCUGCAGGCACAAGUCCUAACGUACCGGACCCUCGAUGCCGGGGUGGAGGUGGACGUCUGUCUGUCCGCUGCCUCUCGUACUGGGAGCCCGGUGUGGGAGAGCGUCCUCACUCUGCUGUCGAGAAACAAGACGCACAAAACCUGCUGGAACUCACCUGAGAGGGAAGACACAUGCCCACCAGAUGAGUGUGUGGCAGAAAAUGUUAAGCAGGUACAGGUAAAAGUCUCCAGGAUGACUGGCCUGCGGAGUGUUUGGUUUUUCUCCCCCCUCCGGCUCUUUGGCUGCAGAUCGAUCGUUGCCCCGAGUCUCUGGAUACUGUCUAUCUGCAUGGCUGAGAUAGAAAAACACAAAGGCGUUGGAGUCGUCACGGCUCCUGUAAAAGUCUCUGCUGACUUUAAGGAUCCUCUGCUGAUACCGGGCAGAGUCACCAUCAGUUUUUGGGAGACGACAGGAAACGAGAGCAAGUUUCCUCCCAACGGCGUCGGCUUCAACAUGCAGCAACACGGACGCAACACAUCUCACGUGACGGGAUUUAUCUCUAGGUGAUUUAAAUCAGAUAUGGUUCAUAUUUAUAGCAGUCAAAACACAAUGAACCACUGACACGGUAUUGUUGUAAUGCUUUAAAUAGGAUAGGAUGGUGUAUAAUGAUUUUGUAUGAUCACAAAAUAAGAUCCUUUGUUUGUAAAUAUCAAUAAAGGUUCAUGGUGCAUCCACAUUUUAAAUGGAAAUAAAAAUAUGAAAAAG